AAAAAUCAGACAACAAGACGAAACAACUUCCAAGCCAAAAAAAAAAAAGUGAAUCAAUGGAGAUUUUGACGAGCAUGGCGAUUAUAGUAGUAACAACGAUCUUCAUCCUUCUGUCUUUCGCACUCUAUCUAACUAUCAGAAUCUUCACCGGAAAAUCCAGAAACGACAAGAGGUAUACUCCUGUACACGCCACAAUCUUUGAUCUUUUCUUCCACAGCCACAAAUUAUACGAUUACGAGACAGAGAUCGCGAGGACAAAGCCUACUUUCAGGUUCUUGAGUCCAGGACAGAGCGAGAUAUUCACUGCAGAUCCUCGGAACGUGGAGCAUAUUCUCAAGACAAGAUUCCAUAACUAUAGUAAAGGACCCGUUGGUACAGUGAAUCUUGCGGAUCUUCUGGGACAUGGGAUCUUCGCUGUUGAUGGAGAGAAAUGGAAACAACAAAGGAAGCUCGUGAGCUUUGAGUUCUCCACUAGAGUUUUAAGAAAUUUUAGCUACUCUGUUUUUCGGACAAGUGCUUCUAAGCUUGUCGGUUUUAUUGCGGAGUUUGCUCUCUCUGGAAAAUCUUUUGAUUUUCAGGAUAUGUUGAUGAAAUGUACAUUGGACUCCAUCUUUAAAGUUGGAUUCGGUGUGGAGUUAGGAUGUCUAGAUGGGUUUAGCAAAGAAGGGGAAGAGUUCAUGAAGGCUUUUGAUGAAGGCAACGGCGCAACUAGUUCCAGGGUCACCGACCCGUUUUGGAAGCUGAAAUGUUUUCUUAACAUUGGAUCAGAGUCAAGACUCAAGAAGAGCAUUGCUAUUAUAGACAAGUUUGUCUAUAGUCUCAUUACCACUAAAAGGAAAGAGCUUUCCAAGGAACAGAACACUGACAUCCUAUCGAAAUUUCUUCUCGAGAGUGAGAAAGAUCCGGAGAACAUGAAUGAUAAGUACCUGAGGGAUAUCAUUUUGAAUGUUAUGGUUGCUGGUAAGGACACAACCGCUGCAUCACUCUCUUGGUUCUUGUACAUGCUCUGCAAAAACCCACUUGUUCAGGAGAAAAUCGUUCAAGAAAUCAGAGAUGUGACAUCAAGUCACGAGAAAACAACCGAUGUAAAUGGUUUCAUUGAAAGUGUAACCGAAGAAGCUCUUGCUCAGAUGCAGUAUCUCCAUGCGGCCUUGUCUGAGACUAUGAGGCUUUACCCACCUGUGCCUGAGCACAUGAGGUGUGCAGAAAAUGAUGACGUUCUUCCAGAUGGACAUAGAGUGAGCAAAGGGGAUAAUAUCUACUACAUAUCCUAUGCAAUGGGUAGGAUGACUUACAUUUGGGGUCAAGAUGCUGAGGAAUUCAAGCCAGAGAGAUGGCUCAAGGACGGCGCUGGUCCAAGAAUCUGUAUUGGCAAGGAUUUCGCAUACCGGCAGAUGAAGAUAGUAUCAAUGGCACUUCUUCACUUCUUUCGCUUCAAAAUGGCUGAUGAGAACAGCAAGGUGUCUUACAAGAAAAUGCUUACACUUCAUGUCGAUGGAGGACUACAUCUCUGUGCAAUCCCGAGGACAAGCACUUGAGUACUUAACCAGAACACUUUCCAUACUUUCAUAGUGCCUCCAUGAGUUUUGGUCAAACAUUCUUAAUGAAGGUGGAACAAGACACCAAGAAAUUUCCAUGUAAUAAAUAAUCUGCUUUUAU